AUGGCAGUUAUUACUUUUGCAUUCGUGCUCGCCGUUGCUGCAUAUGGCAUCGUGCACCUUUUCAUAGCUUGCCGUGCCAAGACGAGGGCUCCUAAAGGGCUUCAAGAUGUGCCGUUUGCUGGAACUGGUGCUCAAAUGGGGCCCCAACCUCAGCGGCAGCUUCAGAAAUGGGCUUCCAAACAUGGAGAACUCUUCAAGACCCACUUGGGGCGCGAGGAAUGGAUAUACGUGAACAGCCCAGCAGCCGUCAAGGAGAUCUUCGACAAGCAGUCACAGCACACCUCGUCGCGUGCACCAAGCCCGGUCGUUUCGGACCUUCUAUCUGGUGGGAUGAGAUUCCUCCUCAUGCCCUACUCGCCUGAUUGGAGGAAACUUCGGGCAAUUGUGCACAAGCUUCUGACACCCAAGUCAUCAAAUACGUUCAUGCCAUCUCAACUAUUUGAAGCAAAACAGCUGCUCUGGGAUAUCCUAACUGACAAUGCGAACCAAAAAAACUUCUACAUGCAUAUUCGUAGAUAUACUACCUCCGUGGUGAUGACUUCAACUUACGGCCGACGGGUACCUGUGUGGGAUUGCGAAGAUAUCCACGAGAUAUACGGUCUCAUGCAGGAAUUCAGUGAGGCCGCACAACCAGGAAAGCACGUUGCCGAAACAUUCCCCCUUCUCGCCAAACUUCCAACGUGGAUGCAAUGGUGGAGGAAGUCAGCCUUACAGUCGUUCCACCGCCAGGCAGCCAUUUGGAUGCGAUACUGGGCUACACUCAAGGAACAAAUUGACUCAAAGCGAGCCCCGGAGUGCUUCGUUAAACAGUUCAUCGAGACUGAUUAUGAAAAGAACGGUAUCAGCGAGCUACAAGCUAGCUUUGUUGCGGGAACAAUGAUUGAAGCAGGCUCCGAGACAACUUCCUCAGCGCUUAACUCGUGUGUCAAAUAUUUUGCAGCAUAUCCAGAGGCCCAAGCCAAGGCAUACGCCGAAGUCCGGCGCGUGGUUGGCGAGAACCGAAUGCCGACCUUUGAUGAUGAGCAUGACCUGCCAUAUAUCCGAGCCUGUGUUAAGGAAGUCCUUCGAAUUCGGCCGGUCACCAAUAUCGGAAGCCCCCACUACAGCACGAACGACAUCAUAUACAAGGACUACUUCAUUCCAGCAAAUUCCGUCAUUGUGAUCAAUCAAUAUGCACUGCACUUCGAUCCAGCACGAUACAAGGAUCCCGAGGCAUUCAUUCCAGACCGUUACUUGAACCAUCCUCUCAAAGCGGGUGCAUACUCUGCCCACCCUGAUCCAUAUGAACGAGACCACUUCGACUUCGGAGCCGGUCGACGGAUUUGUCCUGGUAUGCAUCUGGCGGAAAACAGUCUCUUCAUCACCAUAGCUUGCAUUAUUUGGGCUUUUGAAAUCCUGCCACCCCUUGAGAAUGGUAAGACUGGGGUGGUCGAUGUUUCUGAUUCGGCCUAUGAGAAUGGAGCGAAUACGCUUCCAAAGCCUAGCAAGUUACGCUUCGUCCCGCGUAGCUCGCGGGUCGAAAAUACUCUCAGAACUGAAUGGGAAAAUGCCAAAAAGGAAGGCUAUAUGCUGGGGAACAUAAAGGUCAACGUUGAGGGCAUGGUUGCGCGCGGCAAAUGA